CUCAUUACCAUAAUUACGACAGAACUAUAUGAGCAUAAACUGCCAUCAGGUCGUCUUCACUUCAAUCAUAUUCUUUUUCAAAAGGGAUAAAGCACCAUUAAAGUUUAAAGAUUAAAAACAAUAGAGAAUGAUGGGAAUCCCUGUGAAAUUCAAAAGGCUGGCGGCUGUUUUUGAAGAAGCGGCGGCGAAAAAUAGAGAGUGUGAGAGCAGCGGCAGCGAGCACUCGCCGGAAAGCUUGACGGAUUUGUCUGAUCUUGUGAAUUCAUUUCUUGAGAGAGAAGAGGGAGAGGCUGAAGAGAAUGAUCGAGAGAGAGAGGUUGAAUCUGAACUGGAAAACAAUUGCCACGCAGAUUUUGAAUUGUUGAAAAAUGAUUUGGAAAGUUUAUUAGACUCUGAUGAGGAGGAUAGCAUUACAAGAAACAUUCAUGCAGAGGUUGAAGAGGCCUGUCUUGAGAUCGGUAAUAGCUCGUUGCCGGAUUUUAAACGCCGUUUAAUGGCUCGGUUGCGUCUCAGAGGUUUUGACGCGGGUCUUUGCAAAUCAAAGUGGGAGAAAACGGGUGGCUGCCCAUCUGGGGAUUAUGAAUACAUUGACGCAUAUGUUUCUGGUACUCGUUUCAUAGUGGAAGUUUUCCUCGCUGGAGAAUUCACAAUAGCACGUCCAACAAGCAGUUACACCUCGCUGCUUGAAGUUUUUCCAUCAAUAUAUGUUGGCAAAGUGGGUAGGUUCAAGAAAGUGGUGAAAUUAAUGUGCAGGGCCAUGAGGAAGUCAUUGAAAACAAAUGGCCUCCACCUGCCGCCAUGGCGGCGGCUAGCUUACUUGCAGGCCAAGUGGUUUGGUUCCUACAAAAGAACCAUUAAUGAAAUUCCAGGCCGGACUGUAUCUGAUUCCGAUGAGGGUCUAUCUCAGAAGAGAUUGAUCGGGUUCGUUCCGGUGCAGGUGAUUGUUACAAAUGCAGGGAGGAUUUAGGUAGUAGGGUUGAUGGGAGAGUUAGCAACUUGGCUGCGUCAAUCUGGCCAUUCAAUUCAAGGCUGCCUUAAGCUAUACAUAUGCAUACAUUGGAUUUAUCUGUUAUAAUUUGUUUGCAUGUAAUCCAUUUCUAGAAAUUAUCGCAUGUGCAGCUAAAAAUUAGAAUUUUAAUAGAUUUUAAUAAAAGUUAAUAAAAAUCGUGAGGACAUUUCCAAUGGGACACAUCAAAUAUAAUCUCCUCCAACGGUAUCUCAAAUAUAAUGUAAAAGGUUGUGUAAAUGAA